CCACCCUUCCACGGUUCCACCCCCGUUCCCUAGAAACAUCCCGGAUUCACCGGAACUACCACCCGAAAUGCUGUUCCGUCACUGCCCCUCGCCGCGACCGCAUCGUCGUUCCCCUCUCCUUGCCGCCCUCCGCUGCCUCGCCAUGUCCUCCUCCGCAGCCCCGCCCCCCUCCUCGUCCGGGGCCGCGGACUUCCACUGCCGCACCAAGCACAGCCUCACCGCUGGCUACGCGCGCGGCCCGGGCCGCCUCGACUGGGCCAACCAGCCCAACCCCUUCCUCCGCUUCUUCCCCGCGCCCCAAAUCGCGCUCCCCAACCCGCCCCCCACACUCUCGUCCGUCCCCUACCCCUCCCUCUUCCACAAGCCGCCGCCGCCGCCGCAGCCGCUCACCGUAGACUCCCUCUCCUCCCUGCUAUUCCACUCCCUCGCGCUCUCCGCCUGGAAGUCCGCCGGCAUCUCCACCUGGUCCCUCCGCGUGAACCCCAGCAGUGGCAACCUGCACCCCACCGAGGCACACAUCGUCUUCCCGUACCCGAAGGAGCCCGGACGCCUCGCCGUCGCCCACUACGCCCCCCGUGACCACCUCCUCGAGGUUCGCGCCACGGCGCCCGUCGGCGACUGUUCCGCUAUUUUGCCUGCGCCCGCGACGGCGGUGCUGGCGCUCUCGUCGAUCUUCUGGCGUGAGGCGUGGAAGUACGGCGAGCGGGCGCUGCGGUACUGCAACCACGAUGUGGGGCACGCUCUCGCGGCGGUGGCUGUGGCCGCGGCCACGCUGGGGUGGGAUGCGCGGUUGCUCGACGGGCUGUCGGACGAGGAUCUUGGGAGGCUGAUCGGGGUGGAAAAAGGAUGCCCGGCUGCACCUGAGGUGCUUCCUGACAAAGUGAUGAAGGGCAAGGCGCCAUGGGUGGAGCGGCAGGACCCGGAUUGUGCUGUGCUUCUGUUCCCGGCGGGCUCCAAGCCUAAGGUGGACUACGGGAGGAUAAGUACUGCGCUGAGGGGGUUUGAGGGGUUGGAGUGGGUGGGGACGACGAAUGGUCUUAGUAAGGAUCAUGUGGUGUGGGAUGUGAUAUACCGCACAGCUGAGCAAGUGAAGAAGCACAGCCCUGCACCUGGAGAGCAGUUCAUUGUGAACCCGUGGCGAAGGAGUCCAGCGUUGUCAGAAGGGCUGUAUAAGGAAUUAACAGUGCAGGAGGUGGUGCGCCAUCGGAGGAGUGCAGUGGACAUGGAUGGGGUGCAUGUCAUGGGGAGGGACACGUUUUAUCAGAUGCUGCUGCAUUGCCUACCAUCAGGGGAGGUUUGUUCAGGGGAGAGGCAGGGACCGCAGAGUGCUCUGCCGUUCCGUGUCUUACCGUGGGAUGCGGAGGUGCAUGCUGCAUUGUUUGUGCAUCGUGUCUCAGGGCUGCCGAAGGGGCUAUAUUUCUUGGUGAGGAAUGAGGAGCACUUUGAUCCAUUACGGCAUGCCAUGAGGCAGGAUUUCGAGUGGGUUCGACCAGAGGGGUGCCCUGAUGGCCUCCCGCUCUAUAGGCUGAUGAAAGGAGAUUGCCAGAGGUUGGCAAUGCAAGUCUCGUGCGUUCAGGAAAUUGCCUCACAUGGAUGUUUUAGCCUUGGGAUGAUAGCUAGAUUUGAGUCUGUGUUGCAUGAGAAAGGUGGAUGGAUGUAUCCUCGUUUGUUCUGGGAGACUGGUGUUCUAGGUCAAGUACUUUACCUUGAGGCCCAUGCUGUUGGAAUAUCUGCCACAGGGAUUGGCUGCUACUUUGAUGAUGCUGUUCAUGAGGUACUCGGCUUGAAAGAUUUGGAGUUCCAAAGCUUGUACCAUUUUACAGUGGGUGCCCCUGUGCUUGACAAAAGGAUAAUGAGUCUUCCGGCAUACCCAGGUCCCGGAAUCGAUGCAUGAUUUUAACGUCGGGAAUAUUAUUUGUCCACAGAUCAACAAGAGAACCGAGGGACCUGACUGUUUGCGAGCUUGUGUUAUUGUAUAGUGGCAAUGCCUUGCUAUUUCUGCACACACCGGCCUUACCCUCUCUUAUUUCUGUAGUGGUUUGCCGGGUUUGCCCUUAUGUGGGUUUAGUAUGUUCGGAUAUUCAAUCGUGUUUUGUAGUGCAUAUUCUGAUCUUCAUUCAGGUAGAUAGUUUUGACACUGUAAUUUGCCACGCAGCAUCUAUUACUACGAGAAGAACAAAGGUAGGGAACUCUGUGACAAAAAGUACCAAUCAGAGAGAAAUCUAUGAAGGAAGAAACAAUCAGAUUUUAAAAUCUUCUGUACGUGCCGAUAUGUUCCUGUGCUUAUUGUGCUAGGCUGUUGUGUUCACCGACCCAAUCAUCUGGCAUCUAUAAGCUGAAUUUGUCUGCUUGCU